GCCGCAGUGUGCGCACGCCGCGGCCGAGGGGGCGUGUCACGCCCUCUGAUUGGUCCGUUCUCGAGCAAUCGGAUCGCGGUUUGUUGGUGAGCGGCCGUACAGCGGAAGUGCAGAAGUGAAAGUGCAGUAUCACCGCCUGUCCAGCCAGCCGCCAUGAGUUCUAUCGGUACCGGGGUGAGUGCUCGGGGGAGGGGGGAUGGUGAAUGGCUGGCUCCCCUAGAUUGUCACUAUGGGGAUGGUAGCUGUUGGCUUUACAAAUGUCUGUACCGGUAUGGUGUGGUAUGAUCUGGUAUGGUAUUGUUUCAUUUUCUCUCCUUUAUUUUGGUUCCCCCCCCCGGUUGUACCAGAAUUAGAUUAAACCAGCCAAUAUCCAGCUCUGUUUGUGCACCUGGCACAGUAUUAGAUUAAACCAGCCAAUAUCCAGCUCUGUUUGUGCAGCUGGCACAGUAUUAGAUUAAACCAAUCAAUAUCCAGCUCUGUUUGUGCAGCUGGCACAGUAUUACAUUAAACCAACCAAUAUCCCGCUCUGUUUGUGCAGCUGGCACAGUAUUAGAUUAAACCAAUCAAUAUCCAGCUCUGUUUGUGCAGCUGGCACAGUAUUACAUUAAACCAACCAAUAUCCAGCUCUGUUUGUGCAGCUGGCACAGUAUUAGAUUAAACCAGCCAAUAUCCAGCUCUGUUUGUGCAGCUGGCACAGUAUUACAUUAAACCAACCAAUAUCCAGCUCUGUUUGUGCAGCUGGCACAGUAUUACAUUAAACCAACCAAUAUCCCGCUCUGUUUGUGCAGCUGGCACAGUAUUAGAUUAAACCAAUCAAUAUCCAGCUCUGUUUGUGCAGCUGGCACAGUAUUAGAUUAAACCAAUCAAUAUCCAGCUCUGUUUGUGCAGCUGGCACAGUAUUACAUUAAACCAACCAAUAUCCAGCUCUGUUUGUGCACCUGGCACAGUAUUACAUUAAACCAACCAAUAUCCAGCUCUGUUUGUGCAGCUGACAGGGUGCUAUUAGUAUGUGCAGUGGGUACCCUGACCAUCAGUUGGGUCUCUGUAGUCAUCACAUGGACACCAUGGGACACCCAGAACACUGCAGCCCAUUGAGGCGGUCUGGGUACGGUGUUUCCUAUUGCACUUAAUGCUGCAAUGGUUACAAUGCAGCACUGUCCGCCUCCAGUGAUUGUCUACCAAACAGCUACACUCGAGCAGCUUCCUGUAUGUAACAGGCUUUUGCACUGUGCUUGUCAAGGGAGGUGGACCACCCAUCAUGGCGGGACAUCUGCGCUGGGAUCAGUAAGUAAAUAAAUGGUUUUUAACCUUUUAUUCACUGCAGCGGAGGGGGGAGGCAGAGGGAGCUUUAGUGCCAGGAAUAAAGCGCCAAAGCUUUUUAUUCUUGGCACUAUAGUAUCCCUUUAAAUUUGAGGAUUCUUGGUCUAUUCCACUUAUUUUUAAAGGGACACUCUAGAUUAGGCUUAAAUCUGUUUUCUUAAAACAUUAUAUAGAUACUGCACACUUUUCCUGAGGCAAUAAAAUACACCCUGGGGAUCAGACUUGGAUUUCAGCAUAUGAUGUUUGAGUGAAAGACAGGCUUUUUAGGGGGAGAUUUAUUUAAAUAUCACCAAAACGUUGACAUAUAAUUUUCUGAACAUUUUUGAUGCGGUUGAUUAAAUCCAUCAGAUUUAUAAAUCUGUUGCUUCUUUUGUGCCCUUACCUGGAUUUAUUUUUAAUAUACACAGUUAAUUAGGCGAUACGACCAUCAAUCUUUCUGCCGUUUUUUUCAGAUUGGAAAGUGUUCACUUAUCUUUUUCCCCCCCGCUAGUCUGAACUUGUCGGUUUUCUGAAACGGCAAAUUCUGUGAAAACUGGCGUAAUUACUAUGGGAAAAAGAAAAGGGCAAAUUUUAGAACACUUAAAUAAAUAUGCUCUAAAUGAUGACAUAACUUAACCGACACUUUUCGGAGCACUUUGAUAAACACAUCCCAUUGAAGCACACGGCGACAGGGUCACGUGUUCAAAUAUUCUGAAAGGUAGGGAGUGCUCUGUGUUGCUUACUUUUUACAUAAAGAAACUGUAAACGAGCACAUUAUGUCACAAGUGUUCCUGUCCUUAAUGUUUCUUUUUCCCCUGUUUAUCUGCAGUAUGACUUAUCAGCCUCCACAUUUUCACCAGAUGGCAGAGUCUUUCAAGUUGAGUACGCAGCUAAAGCUGUGGAGAACAGUAGGUAGGUACUGCUUUCUUUAGUAUCAUUGCAGAAAAAAGUAAAAUAAAUCGUUUUCAAGAGACAGCACCACUGAAAAGCAUUGUAUGUUAGAGUCAAUUUUACAAUAUUUAUGUUGUUGAUUAGAAACCUACUGCAUUCCCAAUAUGAGAUAACAAUUUUACAUUACACUGUAACAAUGAACGCCAUAUUAAACUGCACUCCAAAGCCAAGAGUGCUCUGGUAAUGUCCCUCCAUUCAGUGUUAAACCAUUUUCAAGCAGUUUAAUGAUAACAAAAGAUCCUUGACUACCCACAUCUAGCCCCUACUGUAGGUAUGGCUAAGACAGAAAUUAUACACUUCCUUCUAGUCCUAUUAAAUCAUACCAGCAAUAGACUCUUUGAUAGGCUGAAAGCAGUCAGCUGACACUCUCAGCCAGUCACAGCUGCCCAUUGCUGCAUAGGCUAUUGCUUCCUCAUUAGCCCAAGAAGCACAGAGGGGAUUUGGUUGCCGGUGACUUUCUUUUAGCAUUGAAAAAUUAAAAUAUGGAAUGGAGGGACAGCGUCCGGGAACUCCAGACAUUGUUACCACUUCAGUUAGAUGAGUCAGCUACAGUGUCCUGUUAAAGGGACACUAUAUAGUCACCAGAACAACUGCAGCUUAUUGUAUUUGUUCUGAUGAGUAUAAUCAUUCCCUUCAGGCAUUCUGUAGUAAAUACAGUCUUUUUUUAGGGAAAAGUCAGUGUUUACAUUACAUCCUAUGGAUACCUCCACUGGCCACUCUUCAGAUCGCUACUAGAGGUGCUUUCUGUGGCAGUGCUGCACAGUGUGACUGACAUUCAGUGUGUCCAUAUUCUGCAUGGCGAGACGCUGAACUUUCCUCGUAGAGCUGGAUUGAUUCAAUGCAUCUCUAUGAGGAGAUGCUGAUUGGACAGGGCUGUGUUUGGCUUGUGCUGGCCCCUGAUCUGCCUCCUUGACAAGCUCAGGCAAUCCAAUGUUUUCCUAUGUGAAAGCAUUGUGAUUGGCUGAGAUCAACACUUCUGAUGUCAGCCAAGCAGGCAGAGCCAGCAGCAGACUGGAAUAAAGGUAAGAUUUUGCUUUAUUGAUGGGGGCAAGAAGGGCCAGAUGGUGUUUUUAACACUAUAGGAAUAAAUGUAUUUUGAUAUUUGGAAUAAAGUUUGUGUUCCUGACCCUAUAGUGUUCCUUUAAUAUCACACUUCAUUUAGAUUGUAAUCUUUGAGCUAGGCUCUCAUCAUCUCCCGUUUUCAGAUGUUUGUUAUAAUUUACCUAUUGUUCAGCUCUGUAUAAUAUUUCGGCUAGUUUAUAGAAUAAUUGACAUUUAUGCAACAGUAUCUUUCAUUAAAGGUGUUGUCGUGUGAGUCUGUAGGGUCUCCUGGCUAAACGUGAGAAAUGGUGAAGUAAUAAAUGACUGAAAUUUUACACCAGAAUCAGAUUUGGUGAAAGUAAUUUAAUUUGAGAGAUAUAAACUGUGUUAAAGGAACACUCCUACCCCCAUUAUGAUUUAAAUUAUGAAGGCAGGAGUGUCCAGGUGACUUUGUACCUUCAAAUGUUAAACCAUUUGGCAACCGUUUAACCCUGAAGUUGGUGCUCCGGCACCUUGCGCUUCUUCCUCACAUUUUCCGUUCCUCUCUUUUGUGCAGUAAGAGGAAGUAUGGCCUCUGAUAUGUCGUUCACAUCUGACUCUUUCAGCAGCAUUGGGAAAAAGUAUGUGUUGCAGGCAAGUCCGUGGCCACCCUGCUGUAACCAAUCCUACUGCUGCACUGCAGAGAGAGCUGGAAGCCAAUCUCUUUCCUGCCCCCAUUACCUAAAUAAAUGUAAAUAAGUAGACUUCAGUAUUUUAACUGUUACUGUGUUCUACCAUAUAACUCUGAUAGCCUAUCUAUCCCCGAUGCAUGCCCAUUUUUAUGAAUAAAAUUGAUUUUUAUUUAUAUGAUAUGUAUGUUAAUUACAAUUUUUCUGUAAUGUUCUUUAGCACUGCCAUCAGCAUCCGAUGUAAGGAUGGGGUUGUGUUUGGUGUUGAGAAACUAGUCCUGUCUAAACUCUAUGAAGACGGCUCGAACAAGCGAAUUUUCAAUGUUGAUCGCCAUGUUGGUAUGGUAAGGGAUAAUAUAUUUUAAUGUUUUCUCUUGUUUGAGGCACACUAGAGUUAAUGGUGUACUUUUUAACACUGUACAUGUGCAUUGUUUUUAACAAUCUAAACGUUCCAAAUGUUAUCAAAAUGUAUUUGUUCUAAUAUUAAGUUGAGUCGAAAUAAAUGGAAAUUUGACUUAAACUUCAGUUUAACAUUUGAAUAAGGAGUAAAGUUUUAGCAAUACAUGAGGACUGGCAUCACUCCUUUCUUAAAGACGUGUAUAUUGUCAAUGUCACUAGUAUUUAGAUUCAAAUCCAAAUUACAGAACAAAACUCCUGUAAGGAAGGGAGCUUCUACCCUUACACAUGUUCUACUGUCACUGAAUUAAAUAUAUUUGAACGCCCUUUCACUUGAAGUUUACAAGAAUUGUAAAAUAAAAUCGUACACUAUUCACAUUUGAUACCAAAGUGAUUAAUUUAAGUAAUAUCAAUUUAUUAAACCUGGAAGAGAACAUCUAAAGAUAGACUUGAAACAUUUAACUUAAUUUAACUCUGCCAAUAGAGAUGCAUUAAAAUAAAUUUGCAGCGUUACUCAUAGUUCAUAAAUAUAAUUCCAGGCUUUAUAUGAACUGAAAAAAAUGUUUAAACCAAGACUAUCCAUUUCAGGGGUCUGUGCAUAUUUUGCACAGACUCCCGAUAUGGAUGGAUCCCAUGUGGACCCGAUGGUUGUGUGGUGCAGAAAAGGCGAGCUUUGUCCAUCUGUCCCUCUCGCCAUGUUAAAGCUACAGGAACAUUUCAGCUCCUGGCACUUCAGAAUGGCUCACAGGCGAGAUGGCCCAUGGUUUACAAACUCACAAGUGCAAUUUAAUAUUUGCAGAACAUAAGCAUUAUAGCUACUUUAUAACAGGCUUUAGAAUGUGCCUGUGGAUGGGGGUUGGUUUUACCGCUGUUACUUACAUGUAUUACAGGCUGUAGCCGGUCUCCUGGCAGAUGCCCGCUCCUUGGCUGACAUAGCUAGAGAGGAGGCUUCCAACUUCAGAUCGAACUAUGGAUAUGAAAUUCCUCUUAAGGUAAAAUUCUGACGUGUUUCCUGAAAAAUGUUUAUUUUUUAAUAAUUUAAAUGCAGCAUCUUAACUUCUUUUUAUUUUUCUUCUUCCAUUUUGCUGUCAUUUGUAGCACCUAUCAGACAGAGUGGCCAUGUAUGUGCAUGCGUACACAUUAUACAGUGCCGUCAGACCGUUUGGCUGCAGGUAUGAUUGUGAUUGGAAGGCUCUCCUGUGAUUCUAUAUGUAAAAACUGCAUAGAAAUGUGUUGGAUUUUUUUUUUUUUUUUUUAUCUUUUGUACAUCUUGCUAACUUUAGUAGAAUAGUUAUUAUUAUUAUUAUUAUUUAUUAUUAAAAUGUAUAAUUGCCAACAAAUUCCGCAGCACUGUUCAAUAGGUGGAAUAACAGACAGAUCUUUGCAACAAGACAAGUAUUUUUAAUUAGCCCUUUGUUUUAAUACUGUUGUCUGAAUGUAUUCCCAUCUGGAGCUGGUCUCCUUGCAGAUACACACUAUUUUUAAUUAGCCAGUUUAUUUUAAAUUCACUGCAUUAAAGAACCAACCAAAAGAUCUAGUUUUCUUGCCAUAAAUGCUCCCCCCAUUCCCCUAUUAGCUGCCUCAUGGAUAAUCAGAGCUGGCUACUCCUUCUCAGUUUUGCAAACAAGCUACCUGGUCAUUUCACACAUUCCCCAAACAUUAUAUGUUAGAUAUACAGACCUGUGAUUAUACUGUUUUUGGGCAUACGAUGUUACAGGUUGUGGUGAAAUGAUCUCUUCCUGCCCUGAGGGGAUUGCUUGUCUGUCCCAGUUGUUGUGCACUGCUGCUAAUCUGGAGGAUUAGAGGCAGUGCAGGUAUUUCCCUCCUUAGUUAAUAUAUUUUUGCAGUUCAUCCAUUGGCUUGUGUAUUUUCUAGGGAUAUGUGAGCAGAUUGCUGUUUUAUAAGAGGAGUAUAACUUUUACAAUUCUAGAUGCCUGCCUUUUCCUGUCCAGACAGAGGAUAUCCUAGUUGUGCACUGACACUAAUCUGGAGGGAAACUGUAUUUUAAAAAGCCCAGUGUGGGGUUAUGUAUAAAGAGGUUUGCGGAAACAGAAUGUUCUUGAAUGUUUCCCGCAGAGUUGUUCUUUAUACAUAACCAUAAAUGUCUCUGGAAGGUUAUCAGCUAGACAUGCUGACGAAGACUAAACGAUUAUUGUAGCUGUUGACUAUAUGGGGGCACAUACUCCCCUUUCCUUCUGUGAGGUGUCCUCUUUGCCUUACCUUGCAAAUAACACUGAAGCUUCAGUUUCUUUAUGUAAUGCAGAUUUGCAUUAUGGCCUAACCGAAAUGACAAGUGCACCGUGACGGUGCUUAUUUACCUAUAUUUUUUUUUAUUUCCAGUUUCAUGCUAGGAUCUUAUAACGAGGAUGAUGGCCCACAGUUGUAUAUGGUUGACCCGUCAGGUAUAUCUUAUGUAAGUCUUGGUUUUUGGAGAAUUAUUUUAAACUGUUUCCUGGUAAAGUUUGCUAUCUGUACAGUGUUGAAUUCAAAGCAAAUUAAUAGAACAUAAAAAAAAAGAUUUCCCUGAAAGCAUAAAUUGGAUGCCCUGGAAUCAGAGAUUUCGUUUUAUGUGUAAAUGGCACUUGCAAAUCAAUAUUUGAAUUUUUUUCAAUUGUGUUCUUAUACACAAUGUUAAUGCAGUGUGUAAUUUAUUUCAGUAAGCUGAAUUGUUUUAGGGGGUUUCCAGUGACCCUCUGUUUUUAUCGAAUAUCUAUAUGUGAUUGCUUUUUAAUAUAGUUUACUUGCAGAUGUUAAAAACCGUUUUAAAUAUUGUUUUUCUUUUAUCAGUUUUUAUUGGUGGCUGUAAAUUUUAAAUUCUAGACUUUCUAAACAUAACUCAUGUUUCAAUGUGAUUUCUGUAUUCCAGGGUUAUUGGGGGUGCUCAAUUGGAAAAGCCAAGCAAGCGGCAAAGACAGAGAUUGAAAAGCUGCAGGUAAAGUGAAUAAAUAGCUUGAAGAACUUUAUAAUAGUUGACUGUCUUAGGAUAGAGCGAAAUUCUCAUCUGGCUAAAUGUCUUCUAAAGAAUAGCUGAAUGUUCAUUCACAUACAGGGUAUAUUUACAGUUUUAAAAGGAAAAAGCAACUCCUCCCAAACAUUGUAGCACAGAUUGAUUGUACAACUAAGUAACUGAACAUUCAGUAAAUCUUCAUAGAGAACUGCCCAAAAACAAGUCAUGAAUUUAUGUAAAUACCCGAGUCUCUCUUGGUUGUUCAGUUAGUAAAUGUAGAAUUGGAGGGAGCAAAAAUUAAUAAAUUUGUGUAAAGCUGAACUGAUUCCAGCUAUUAGUGGGGUGUAAGUAACAAAAGCCUUAUACCAGUAAGUGGAGCGCUCUAACACAUAUAUAGCUUACCAAAUGGUGUCUCAUUCAAUGGUAAAGUAUAAGGUGCAUGUUGAGGAAAAAAAUACAAGAAAUACGAUAUAGUGCAGACGGUAUUUAAAAUAAUAAUAAAAUUAAGGUGAUGUCUUGAUAAAUUGAACACUCACAUUUCUGGGAGCCUGUAUGUGAGAACACUGGCUCCGUAUUUUGGCUUAUGUGCUUUUUAGGGUAGCAUCGCCCGUCUCCUUCGGUAUGGGAUAUUUCUCAAAGACAAAAACAGGAAAAGCAGACCAAUGUGUAGAUAGUGUUUGUGAAAACACAAUAUUAUAGAAAUAAGUGGUGUGCUCACCUGGUCCCAGCUCUAGGUAUAUAGGUAUUGCGCCAAUUUGAAUGGGGAUGGCACUACCCCUGGGAAGAUAUUCUUGAGGUUUCCAAAAAAGGACUUAAGAAGGAUCUUAAGUACAAAUUGUGAAUUUAUUCAAAUAUAAAACAAAUAAAAACAAUGGUAAAAAGUCCUUUAAAAUAGCCAAUACGCAUUUCACUCCUUACUGUGGAGCUUCCUCAGUCAGCUGAUUCCAGCUAUAAUCAAGGAUUGCUGAUUACUUGUGUCCCACCUAUUCCUUGACUGUAAUGCAGCAAUGUAAAUGGCAGUUUAUGUAGUAUAUUGUUACGAAGCAAUUUUCCAGUUUUUACAGCAGCGCAUGGAAGUUGGAGAGUAUACCUUUGGUUUACCCAUACAGGACUGUGGCUGCUUGGUUCCCUUGAUUGUACUGAUAAAUUAAAGUGAAUGCAAUAUUGGGUCAUAUAUGCAUCUCCGUGAUGGACAGAGAUGUAGCUUAGUCUACGGAUGCUUCAGUGGUAGAAGCUUGACUCAAUCAUGAACACAGUGCAAUGCAUAGAUUAAAAGCUAUGCAUUAAGGUUUGUAUUUAUUUUGUAUUUUGGGUAUGCUUUACAAUAGUGAUGGCUUAGCAAAUAGGCAAAUCACAUUCUGGUAGCUAUUUUAAGUAAUACAUUUUAAACUGCUUUUAUUUUCAGUUGAAAGACAUGACCUGUCGGGAAGCAGUCAAAGAGGUAGCGAAAAUGUACGUAUUCAGUUUCACUUUCAGCUGCUAGGUCAAUUUUCUAUAUAGUGUAUCCUAUUUAUAUAUUUCUGUAACCACAUGUAUGUAUAGUCUAGUGAUACCUCCACUGGUCCCUCCUCAGAUGGCUCACUAGAGGUGCUUCCUGGGGCAGUGCGACUGAGAUUCAAUAUUUCCACACUGUGUGGAGACACUAAACUUUCCUCAGAGAUGCAUUGAUUUUUAUGCUCACAUUUUUUAAGCAAUACAGCAUUUCAGAUCUUGAAUUAUUUUUCAAGAAAACCUCACAUAAGGCUAUACAGAAAACACACACCAGACCAUUCUAGAAAGGAAACCUGGAACAGAGGUAUACAAAGACCAUGAAAUAAAGCGGUAACCAUGGCGAUGACAAACUUUGAUCUGAAAAACCACAUAGGGACAUAAUCAGUGGUUCAGUUAUAGUACAAGUACUUGCAUGCCAACUAUUCACACUUUACUGAAUAACUCUGACAGGUUGAACAAAAUACUAAAUUGAGAGGCAGGGAAAACAUGAACAAAUUCUAUUCAGUAUUUGUAUGGAGAAGGAGCAGUGAUAAAACAGUGAAGAGUUAAUAGAGAAGUAAUCGUUCUUUAACCUAUUUUUUAAAGUGAUCCAAAUUACAUACUUUCCAUAGGCUUGCUGUCCUAGUAUUCAAAUUUACACAGUGAGCUAUUCCUGAUGCAAUACAUUACCAAACUCAUUUGACUCUGUUAAGUGGGAUCUAACUGGUACUGCAACAGCAGUGCAGCUAUAGCAAAUGUAAAUGUAUUCUUGUCAGCAUUAAACCUGCACACACAGUGCAUUCUGGUGCAUGCACUUACUUUCCCUAUUGUGUUUUUAUAGAUAUCACCUGUUGUCAUGAAACAGACAUUACUGAUCUGUUGACUAUUGUUUUUUUCCCCUUUUAGAAUCUUAACAAAAUCAAACUGUUCCAAACUAGAUUUUUCCCUUAGCCCUCUGAUGCAUGUUGAUCCCUUUUCUCUUUUUAAGAAUAUAUAUCGUCCAUGAUGAAGUCAAGGAUAAAUCGUUUGAGCUUGAACUAAGCUGGGUAGGAGAAAGUAAGUAUGUUUUAAAAUGUUCUCUCUUACUGACAUGGUAUUAUUCUGAGAGCUCUGUCAUAUUAUUUGUAUUGAAAGUUUUAAAAAACUAAAUACAUUUGUUUUUGUCCAAAAAUCUAACUAUUACAAUUACCUUGGGCAGAUUAACACAAAUGUAGCUCCACCCUUGAUUAAUAAAAGUUAUGUUCACUAAGUGACAAUGUGAUUUUUCCCAAACAGUAACAAAAGGAAAGCAUGAAGUUGUUCCAAAAGAUCUAAGAGAAGAGGCAGAAAAAUAUGCAAAGGUAAAUUUUUCUAUCGAUUUUUAUCAAUUUAACUCCAACUUCAAUGCUUGCUGGCUGGUACUAAGUGCUCCCUUCUUUUUAUAUAGGAAUCUUUAGAAGAAGAGGAUGAUUCAGAUGAUGACAAUAUGUAACAGCGUCAUUGAUACUCAGAAUACAGUUUUUUUUUUUUUUUUUAAUGUGUAAUUAAACCGUAGGAUGCUAACAGUAAAACGGCACUGUUUACAUUUCCUGUGUUGUCUGAAAUUAUUAAAUGGGCUGUCAAAAAUCGAUGCAAUAUUAAGUGUCCUUUGGGUCACUGCAGCCAGACCACUCACUCAGCACGGAUUAUGGAAUGAUUAAGUUUAAACUUAAAGGGACACUAUAGUCUCCUGAACAACUACAGCUUAAUGUAUUUGUUCAGGU